GAACCAGGUGGCAGCGUCCCUUGAGCCUGGCCCACGCAGCUGCUCCCAGCCCUGCCCUGCUUCUUUGGGGCUUGCAGGACCCCUGGGGCCCUGUCCUUAUUUCUCAAGACCAGGACAGCUGGUGCCUCUGGUCACAAUGAACAUUGUUCUCUUCAGGGACAGCCAGGUGAGGGUGAUGGAGAACACAGUGACCAAUGCCGAGAAGUACUUCGGCCAGUUCUGCUCACUGCUGGCUGCCUACACCCGGAAGACGGCCGGGCUGCGGGACAAGGCCGACCGGCUGGUCAAGCAGCUCAUUGACUUCGCCAACACCGAGAACCCCGAGUUGCGGGCUACCAUGAGGAACUUCGCCGAGGACCUGGCCAAAGUGCAGGAUUACCGGCAGGCCCAGGUUGAGAGGCUGGAGACCAAGGUCGUCAACCCCCUGAAACUCUAUGGGACUCAGAUAAAGCAGACACGGUCCGAGAUCAAGAAAUUCAAACGUGUCCGGAAUAACGAGAUCAAACAACUGGAAAAACUGGAGAAAUUGAGGCAGAAGUCGCCUUCCGAUAGGCAGAUGAUUUUUGGGCUUCUCUCCCCACAGAAAAUUUUUUUGGACUUUGUAACCAUUGAGAUGGCCUUCCACGCGAAAGCGGUGGAGGUGUAUUCCAGCGCCUUCCAGGUCCUGGACAACUACGACCUGGAGAGCGAUCUAGAGGAUUUUAGAGCCAAGAUGCGUGGAGUUUAUGGGCAUUGCGAUGCUCGGCCGUUCACGGAUACCACCCCCUCAGCAGCUGUCCCAUGGUCUCUUCCGGUCCAGAGUGAUCCGAGCACCAUACGGAGCCAGAGGAGAAAAGAGGAAGCGAAUGAAGACGAUUCUGCCAAGGAGGACCCUGUGGAAGACCUCAAGGGACGGGACAGGGACUCCAUCAAUAGGAUGAGAAUUUUCCAGGUGGAAAAAUAGGGGCCGACCCUGAAUGCUCAGGGGUCUCUGCUGUGUACCCCCAGCAAGUUGCGUGUCUUCUGAGCCUCAGUUUCCUCUCCUGACAACAGGGGCAAUAUCACUCCCCUCCCAGGUCGCUCUGGGGAUCAAUGCACCUAGCACGGUGCCUGAUGCAUAAUAGUUGCUCAAUAAACACAGGGUGC